AUGGAUUCCAGGAAGGCAUCGAAGAAGCGCAAGGCGGUGACGAGGGAUGUCGAGGAGGAAGAAGCCGGCGUGGUGUCCGGCGACGAGCUGAAUGCUGCAGACCUGGAUGGGAGCCUCUCCGAUGGAGCUGAGUCCCCGUCAGAGGACGAAGAGAGCGACUCGGAGGUCGAGAUCGUCGACGAGUUCAGCGACCGGGAUGCGGAUGACGAUGAGCUCGAUAGCGACGAGAUUCCUUCGGAGGAGGAAGAUGACAAGGAGGAACAAGGUGGUCUGAAGAGGAAAAAUGCAAAGUCUACCAGCGACGUCGACCAACGAAACGAAGGCCGGGAUCAGCCAGACGAGUCGGACGAUGAGGACGACAAGCCCAAUUAUCGCAUUGAAAAAGAUGCCAAUGGGAACGUCCGCUACGUAUACGACGAGAUCAACCCUGAUGACAACUCGGAAUACUCCGAUUUCGACGAGAAUGCCAACACCAUUGGCAACAUCCCCCUCUCCUUCUACGACGAGUACCCUCACAUUGGAUACGACAUCAAUGGGAGGAAGAUCAUGCGCCCGGCCAAGGGGGAGGCAUUGGAUGCUUUGCUGGAUAGCAUUGAGAUCCCCAAGGGCUGGACAGGCUUGACGGAUCCCGAUACCGGAAAGCCGUUGGAGCUGAGCCAGGACGAAUUGGAAUUGCUGCGCAAGGUGCAGAUGAAUGAGAUCCCUGAAGAAGGCUACAACCCCUACGAGCCCAUGGUGGAAUGGUUCACCAGCAAGCAAGAGAUCAUGCCCCUCAGUGCAGCCCCCGAGCCCAAGCGGCGCUUCGUCCCGUCCAAGCAUGAGGCGAAGCGGAUCAUGAAGAUUGUGCGUGCCAUCAGAGAAGGCCGUAUUCUCCCUUACAAACCUCCCUCUGAAGAGGAGGAAGAUGAGGGUGUGGCCAAGUACGAUCUUUGGGCCGAUGAGACGCCCAGGAAAGAUCAUAUCAUGCAUAUCCCGGCUCCCAAACUUCCCCCGCCAGGCUACGACGAGAGUUACCACCCGCCGCCCGAGUAUCUUCCCUCCAAGAAGGAGAGGAAGGCAUGGGAGGAAGCGGACCCGGAGGACCGCGAAAAGGAAUACCUCCCGACAGACUACGGUUCCUUGCGCAAAGUCCCUGGCUACGAGAACUUUGUCAAAGAGAAAUUCGAACGCUGUCUGGACCUGUAUCUGGCUCCUAGAGUUAGGAGAAACAAGCUCAACAUCGAUCCUGAGAGCUUACUUCCCAAGCUUCCCAGUCCUGAAGAGCUCAAACCGUUCCCGACUGCUUGUGCUACUUUGUUCAGAGGCCACAAAGGGCGUGUGCGCUCAGUCUCUGUGGACCCGUCGGGGCUGUGGUUGGCCAGCGGUGGUGAUGAUGGAACGGUCCGGGUCUGGGAGCUCCUCACAGGUCGCCAAGUGUGGAGUGUGAAGUUGAGUGACGAGGAUCCCGUUAACGUGGUACGUUGGCGGCCAGGCAAGGACGCUGUGGUCCUCGCAGCUGCAGCUGGUGACGAUCUUUUCCUCGCCGUGCCCCCCAUCUUGGACCCAGAGUUGGAGAAGGCAAGCCUCGACCUGCUGGAUGCCGGUUGGGGGUAUGCUGCCACGAAAUCCAAACUAAAUGCUGCAGAGGCGAACAAGAUCACGCCUCCUCAGUGGAUCCGGCCAUCGGCAGCUCUCUCUGAAUCCGGUGUCUGCGCUGUGAUUCCACUUCGAUACGUGGCCAAGUCGAUUUCGUGGCACCGUCGCGGCGACUACUUUGUCACCGUCUGCCCCGGCUCCUCGACUCCGGCUUCCGCUGCCAUCGCCAUCCACACACUCUCUAAGCACCUCACGCAAUACCCCUUCCGCCGCCGGAUCAAAGGUGGCGGACCUCCACAGACAGCACACUUCCACCCGUCGAAACCGAUCCUCUUUGUCGCCAACCAACGCACCAUCCGCGCUUAUGACCUGUCACGGCAGCUCCUGGUCAAGAUCCUGCAGCCAGGUGCCCGCUGGAUCUCCUCGUUUGACGUGCACCCGACCUCGUCGACAACCGCGGGAGGGGACAACAUCAUCGUGGGUUCGUAUGACCGACGUCUGCUCUGGCACGACCUGGACCUCUCGACCCGACCAUACAAGACACUGCGCUACCACCGCAAAGCCAUCCGUGCCGUCAAGUUCCAUCCCAGCGGACGCUACCCGCUGUUCGCGGACGCCAGCGAUGACGGCUCUUUACAGAUUUUCCACGGCAGCAUCACCGGCGACAUGCUCAGCAACGCCAGCAUCGUUCCUCUGAAAGUGCUCCGAGGACACAAGAUCACCGGCGAACUGGGUGUUUUGGAUGUAGACUGGCAUCCUUCCCAGCCAUGGUGCGUCAGUGCUGGUGCAGAUGGAACAUGUCGAUUGUGGAUGUAA